AUGCUUCGCCAAGUCGUUACCAAAUUGCAGCAAGCAGGUGCUGUUUGUCAUUUCACUGCGGAACAAGUCCUCCCACAGAGAUACACCCUCUUUGACCUUGCCAACGACCUGCCCAAGUGCCAGUCUUUGGUGAGUUUCAUGGUCUAUGGCGAGACGCCUGUGGCUGACAAUGAAUAUCAGCCGCCGCAGCACGUCACUGCGGGACUCAGCCUCUGUUUAACACAAGCUGACUCCAUAGAGAGAGUAUCUAAUGAUGAUGAAGCCGUCACCCGAAUUACCAGUCAUGUUGCAGAAUUUCUAGGCUGCACGCCUGGCGACAUACCUCUCCCUGACAGCUCACCAAAUCACAUUGCGCUGGUAGAAGGGAUACUAGGUGUCUUAAGGAUCCUCGCGCUCGAUUUCUCAGCGGUUAUUGACGACGCCACCCUACUGUCCGCGAUUGCGUAUACGGAUAGUGGGGCUAUCUGGUCGACAGAGAAUGUGGCCUUCAUAGCCAAAGAAUUGCUGGACAACGCACUGAUCAGUGACCGGAAAUAUGAUUUUAUCAAAUCUGUGCUACUUGAAGACUUUAUUCGGCCAAUUUUCUCCCAAUUCUCCUCAGAUCGUCUUACUUCCAGUGGCAGAAAAUCCCACUACGGAGGUAAAAGCGAUCACGAUCACGGUAGCCAACAUGUAUCGAUAGGCAGUGUUGAGAUGACACCCUGGAAAAAUACCCAGCUCCAUGCCGUCACAGUUUUUGCAUGGGCCGUAGAGCAGUCUUAUGAACUUCUCAUUGAAAAGUGCUGGCCACUAUAUACGCCGGUACUUCUUGCUCUGCUAGACGAAACGGACACUACUUGCAAGGCAAGAGGCCUUAAUAUUCUGCAGGACUUCCUUGCACGAUGUCCGGUCAAUAUACUUAGGGAGACAGGGCUGGGCGAGAUCUUCGAACAGUCAGUUUUUCCCUCGCUGCUGUCCCUCCCGACAUUGACCGCCGAGGAUGAAGCUGUUCAGCUACUCGAUCCGGCCUAUAAUGCCCUUAUACGGUUGGCGAACGCCCAGUUUCCUGAGGCAGGGGCGAGACCUCAAAGAAACCGGCUCCUUAUCAAAAUACUCAGAGAAGGCCUCCUUACUGGUUAUUGGCAUGCAUCGGAAUACGUUAGAAUUGUUGAGCUUUUGGCGCGCCAGGUUGCAUCAGUUGUCCAGCAUCUAGGCGCAUUCACAGUCCCACACCUAAGAGAGCUGUUGACCAUGUCCACAAACAUUCUGACCGAUCCUUUCUUUGUUUCUUGUCCAUCAUGCAUCCAAACCACUUCGCACACGCUUUCAGUCAUCAUGCUCAAUUGCUGGCCAAGGGUGAUGCAACCAACACACUCAGGCGAGCUGCUGAGAGCAAUCAGCAUUUGCUGGUUAAACCUGAGAGAUGAAGAAUCGAGAGCACCGGAUCGCAAAGAAAUUCAAGAGGCUCUGGCCGCAAUCUCCAGCUUGGUACCCAUAUUGUCCUCCAUCUUCGACUCUGCCAACUUGUCUCUGCAGCAGCAAUUUUCCCGCCUAAGUGCUGCCGAACCCAAGCUCGUUGACUUAUUUGGCUGCUCCAAGAUUUAA